CCAAAUAAAAAUAGUAAUUUCUACAGCUUUUUCAUUUAGUCUGUUUCUGUAGUUCAACGAGUUGCAAACAGGAAUUGUUGCUGGGCUAACUGUUAUCUAUCAUAGAGUUAAAAUUAUAUGAUAAAGAUUCAAUUAUGGUGAACAUUACUGAUGAUGAGCACUUAGCCACCAACUCAGAUGAUGCAACAUACUCCGGACAAUGGAAUGCAUUAACGCCACCUGCCGAAGAAGAGGAACCUUAUCGUUAUUUCAUCUUAGAGCCCGCAGUAUUCUUAAUCUUUCUUGCCAAAUAUUUAUCUGGGACUGUUUAUCAAAAUCAAAUCCUUUACCAAACCUGUCUCACAAUUUUGGAGGUCAAUGCAACUGAAUGUGAAGCUCUGAAGGGUCUUAAUCGGGAGUCUGAUGAGAUUAAAAAGCUAGAGGUUAAAGUGCAGGAAUACUCGGCAGACAUUAUGAUGACUAACUCCUUAUUUGAUAGCAUUAUACCAGCCGUUAUCAUUCUAUUCCUGGGACCCUGGUCGGAUAAGUUUGGUCGUCGACCCAUUUUGUUGACCACAUUCUCUGGCUAUCUGAUUAGCUGCAUCGCGUUAAUUGUUCUUAGCUUCAUAACUGAAACCACUAACAUCAGUCCUUGGUGGUUUACUCUAUACUCAGUGCCUUCUAUUUUUUGUGGAGGAACUUGUGCCUUGAUAACUGGCAUCUAUUGCUACAUAUGUGAUGUGGCCAAAGAGAGGAAUAGAGCUCUAAGAAUGGUGCUAAAUGAGGCGGCAUUGUGUUCAGGAAUGAUGAUGGGCAAUGUGGCGAGUGGAUAUAUUUAUGCCGCAACAAGUGCGCUGACCCUUUUCAUCAUUGCUGGUUGCCUUAUGCUGCUAUCCCUAAUCUAUAUAGUAUUUUUUGUUCCAGAGAGUUUAAAGCCUGAGGAUAUUCAAACAGGGUCCCGAAUUCGCGAAUUCUUUCGCUUCGAUUUGGUAAAGGAUCUAAUUCGUACAUGCUUUAAAACUCGACCGAAUUAUGAUCGAGCUAUUAUCUGGAUGACGAUGAUCGUAUUGACCAUUAUGAUUUUUGAUAUGGAGGGUCUAACCACUAUAAACUAUAUGUUUGUUCGAGAAAAAUUCAAUUGGACCGUUAAGGAUUUUAGCUUAUUCAAUGCAGCACGCAUAGUUGUCCAAAUUGUGGGCAGUAUUGUGGGCACAAUUAUGCUACGCCGGCUCUUCAAACUGUCAAUCAUAACAAUGGCUAUGCUCGCGUUGGCCUGCUGUGUCCUGGAAAGUACGGUAAGAGCCACCGCUCAAUAUUGGCAGGAAAUGUAUUUUGGCAUGUCUUUGGGAAAUAUGCGCGGGGUUUUGGGGCCCAUGGGUCGAGCCAUUAUAUCGCAUAUAGUCCCAAUAUCGGAACUAGGAAAACUAUACGCUCUUACCACAUCUGUAGAAUUUUUGUCACCAUUAGUGGCUGCUCCUUUAUACACGACCGUUUAUAAGGCCACAGUAAACAGUUAUCCGGGGGCGUUCAAUUUCAUCAGCGCAGGAUUAUACUUCUUCAGUUAUAUACUAGUCGCAAUCAUUUUUGGAAUUCAGAAGUCAAUGGAUUACGAUGGUGUCUAUCAAGCUAUUGGCAGCUAAAUACACAAACCCCAUCCUGUUAGGAGGGAAAUACAUAUAAACUUAUUUAGUAGGUAAAUUUCAUAUAUAAUUUUCCAAUGCAUUAGAAUUUUGAAUUAUAUGUUAUCGAUUAACAAAUAAAAAGUUAUCGAUUGUCAGUUGCCACAUCUGAAAACAUA